UGCAGACAAUACAAAAUCUCGUUCAGUUUAGCUGAUUCUCCAUUUCUUGGAUCAAUCGGGGCUUGACCUUGAUCUCAUCAUUUGUAUUUGUUUCUUAACCGUAUACUACAAGAGAACGUAUACUUCAAUGUAGGCCUAGGAUGUGUCACCAUCCUCAAAUCAAUAAGAUAAUAGAAAAUAUAGGAAGCAAGCAAGCAACCGCUAAUCUGGACAUUGAAACGAAGAGGACAUUGCCAUCCAUCCAGGGACAGAAACUGGCAGAGAAAUUACAGAAAAGAAAAACUAAGUCAAUGGAAAUGGAGAUUAUUGCUGAAAGUGACACUCAAAUGUUGUAUGAAGCAAGCAUGAGGGGAUGUGUAGCAACCUUGAACACAUUGAUACAGAAUGAUCCAUUAAUUCUCCAUAAAAUUUCACUCACUCCCUUCACUGAAACUCCCUUGCACAUCUCAGCUUUGCUUGGUCAUGUUGAGUUCACCAAAGCUAUUGUGAGCCAAAAGCCUCAACUUGUCACAGAGUUGGACUCUUUCGAACGCUCACCUCUUCACUUGGCUGCUGCUGAGGGCCACAGUGAAAUUGUCAAAGAGCUGUUAAUAGCAAAUAAGGAUGUGAGUAUGGUUGCUGACCAAGAGGGGAGAAUUCCUCUCCAUUUGGCUGCAAUGAGAGGGAGAGUUGAGGUGAUAAAAGAGCUUAUAACUGCAAAACCUGAGUCAAUUCUUGUGCAAAUCCAUGGAGAAACAGCUUUACAUUUAUGUGUUAAGCAUAAUCAUUUGGAUGCACUCAAAGUAUUGGUGUCAUCAGUUGAUGAUGUGGAGUUUCUCAAUUCCAAAAACCUUGAAGGGAACUCUAUCUUGCAAUUAUCUACUAUAUUGCGGCAAUAUGAGACCACUAGGUACUUGCUUUCAGUGCGAAAAAUAAGAGUGGAUCUGAACUCCUUGACCAAAAAUGGCCUUCCAGCCUUUGAUGGAAUCUGCAGAAAUGGCUCAAUUCAAAGGAAUUUACAGAACAAUCCCACCAAAGAAACAGCCACCAAAGAUAGAACCACCAAAGUUCAAACCACCCAAUCACUGCAAAAAUUAAAAUCAAUAUGGAGAAGGCUCUGCAAGCACAAGAGCGACCGCUACGAAAAAACAAGAGGCAACUUGAUGGUGGUGGCCAUUUUGAUGGCCACCAUGAGUUUCCAGAUUGCAACAAACCCACCAGGUGGCAACUGGCAAGCAGACACCACUAGUCUGAAAGGUGAAGGCUGCCCAGAGGGGGUAACUUGCCCAGCUGGAACUUCAAUUCAUGCAUACACUCAUAAAGAUGAGUACAACAUAUUAACAAUCGUGAGCACAAUCUCAUUUUCAGCAUCUCUCGGCAUAAUUUUGUGGCUCAUUAGUGGUGUUCCUCUCAGGAAUAGAGUUUCUGAGGGGAUUUUGCGGGUGGGAAUGUGGGUUACAGUGCUGUGUAUAGCCGGUGCAUAUUAUUUGUCAAUGAGCUUGGUGUUGCCACAUGAUGAAAUAUUUCUUGACAUUAGUAUGUAUUACGAACAGACUUGGGUUUACUUGCUUAUGGGUAUUCUUUUUAUUCAUGCAAUUAGAUUUUGCUGCUGGGUGUUGAAGAAGCUGUUCACCGGGGUGAUUUUUGUGGCUAAACGUUGCUGUUUUAAGAAGAAAAAACAGCUUGAUCAGCCUGUGGUGAGUGUUUAGAAAAAUCAGAUAUAAUCUUAUUAUCUAUUGAAGUGGACACAUUUGAUCAAUAAAUUAUGUAUGAACAAGAAAAUUUCAUGUAAUCUAUUGAUGGACUUGUUGUAUUCUAUCAGUUAAUGUUGCAUUAUGAAUUCUUAUUUUGGAUG